UCUUUCUAAAGAUUUAACUAUGAAUUUUAUUUUAUUACAUUCUAACCAUUGUCGCUAUAAUUUAUUUUUAACCUAGUUUAAAUGAUAAUUUGAUUUAAUUGGCUAUAAUCUGUAGUAUUUUUCACGUGGAUUACCUCCUACAGGGAGAUAUGACUAUAAAGAUACAAGCAACAGAUAACCAAACAUAUCAUUCCUCAUUUCUUCAUGGUCUUCAUAUGAUCGUGGUUUAGAUCGGAUGCCCAAAUUACCAGUUGAGAUAAAUCAUUGAACUUAAAAAUAAUUUCUAUAUGAAAAGACCAAGAUUGUAACUUGUUUAUGUCCCUUUAAUCCUUUGCUCAUACUUUAUGGCAGACGAUUCCUUAAUUGCUGUAAUUAGAAAAAUUGCGAUCGUUAUCUAAAUCUGGAUCAUUUAUGUACAGGUAUUUUAUAAAAAGUGAUUUUAUUGUAGAUUUGUUAAUUGUAAAUGCGAUAGUUCGUGGUAAAUAUGGGUGCUUUAUUUGGCAAACACAAGAGAAGUGUUCCUAAAGUAACUGAACAGGAUCGAGCCGUUCUGCAAUUGAAACAACAGCGUGAUAAAAUCAAGCAAUAUCAAAAAAGGAUUCAAUUAAGACUUGAGGAUGAACGUAAUUUAGCUCGUCAAUUGCUUCAAAAUGGUCAAAAGGACCGAGCUCUUACAAUAUUGAAAAAGAAGAAAUAUUUUGAAAAUCUUAUUGCCAAACAUGAUGAACUUUUAGACACAUUGGAGAAAUUGGUUGAUGACAUUUCUUUCGCUCAAAUAGAAGUCCAAGUGGUUGAAGGAUUAGAACAAGGAAACAAAGCUUUGAAAGAAUUGAAUAAAAUAUUGUCAAUUGAAAGAGUUGAGUCUAUACUUGAAGAAACCAGAGAAGGAAUAGAAAAACAAAGAGAAAUUGAUCAACUAAUUGGCGGAACAUUCAGUGAAGAAGACGAGGUCGAAUUGCUGGAAGAAUUGGAACAAAUUGUCAAAGAAGUUGAUGCCAAUGAUGAAGAUCUCAAACUGCCAAAAGCUCCACAAACUGAGCCUGAAGAUAUUGAAACUGAAGAGAAAGAGAAUGAGAAAGUUACAAAGGAACCUAGUAAAAGACAGAAACAAGCCCUGCCUGCCAGUUAAUUGUUUUGAUUAUCCUUUAAUGAUUAAAUCAAUUGUCACCAUGGUUUACUAACUCUAAAGCUCUUUGAAGUUCCAUUGAACGAUAAUCAUGUAAAAAUUCAAGUUUUGGCCAAUUCCAGCUGCAUCAUCUGAAUCCAGUCUAAAUGUAUAAAACUAAUUUAUACAACUAAUCAUGAUAUUUGAUAGUGUCACUAUUUAAUUUUGUAUGCGAAUGAUUUUUCCAGUCUUGUCAAGUUUUAAACAUUUUGAUUGUAUUUGUAAAUGUUAAUUCACUUAAUCAAUAAAUUUAUAAUCAAAAUAAAAUGAAAUUAAUUCCAUA